AUGCUUUUUUUAAAUAUUUUUUUACUGUUUACAUUGCUGAGAGUCUUCGAAGAGUUCAAAAACCGCUUCGAUUCGAGAAUCGGACGGAGUUUGGAGUCGUUUUGUUUCCAGUAAGCCUUAUUCACAGUGAUCGCAACACAAAUACUGUUUUUCUUCAGAUUCCGCAAUUACUUGGCGCAAGAUAUUCUGAACGUGACAAGUUUGAGAGCUAUCGCACGCGUUCAAAUCCAUUUCGCGACGGAAAUUCCUGUCGAAAAUGAGUUUUUGGAGAAAAUGAGAGAAAGUGCAGCGGUGAAAGUGGACAAAAAGGGCGUAAUUGUCAAGUACACGAGCAAAAACUUGGUGCUCAAAGCCGCUCAAUCAGACGGCUCUUGUUCGGUCAAGGAGAAGAGGACCAAGAAAAUGGUGCAAUUUAUGGAGGAGAUUUCGAGAAAUUCGACGCGUCGGAUUACGCACACGGCUUUGGCCAGGAAAUUCAAAAAAUCCGGGAAGAAAUCAACGGUGCGCUCGAUUCCCAAUCUUGCCAGCCGGUUUGUUGUGCAGUAAACGCGCUCAAUCGCAAAACACACAAUUACAGCUUUCGUGUUCUGAUUCACCAAAUUCCGAAAAUGAAGAAUAUAUCCACAGAAACCAAGCUGCGAAUGUGCUUUGUCCUGAAAUGUCCGCUCGACUCGAAUGAUCUGAAACUUUUGCGAAAAGACGCAGAAGUCAACGUGGACUCCAGAAAACAUAUCGUCUCGUACCAAGAACACAAAGGCCAGCCCAAAAAGAGCGCACGAGAGCCGAGAAGACGCGCGAAUUCGGCGGAAGUAGUGGAAAUCGAGCAGAAACGGCGGCGAAUCGAUUCCGAACGUGUUGAUGACGCGGAAACUUUGGUAGAAAGUGUGGAAGCUGUGGUAGAAACUGAGGAAGCUGUGGUAAAUUUGGAAAAUGUGCAAGCUGUUUCUUCAGAAAAGGAGCCGAAAAUGCCACAACCGACAAGUUCGGAGCCUUCCCCAACCAACCAGAUGCUAGAAAUCAUGAAUUUCAUGAAAGAAGUCACCGACAGUCACAAUUCGCUUAUGAAGCGGGUUGUGACGAGAAACGAGCCGAGUAGCAGCCUUCCCAGCACGAUGAGCACCAAAGGAUAUCUGUUUUUACUCAAAAGCUUCGUGCUCGGCAUCGAUGCUCCAGAAUUGGCUGGAAUUCUCGAAAGAGUGAAAGGAGCAAUUGAGAAACUGGGCGACAGUGAUGAGGUUAUCGGGAGAAUGCGAUUUCAAUCCAAUUUUGGGCUAGUUUCAGAAAAUUCCACUGGACACCAUCCAAAUAUCGCUGAAGGCCGCACUGGACAACAUUUUUGAAUAA